AUGGUAGCUAUUAACUCAAGCAACGCUACGAUAAGUAAUGACCACCCCGAAGGACACAGCUCACCUUAUGCUAUCUUAUUCAUCUUCACUGUUUGUGCAAUUGGAGCCAUUGUGCGACAAGUAAUGAAGAGAUGGCCCAUCCCUUACACAGUGGUCUUGAUUGUGCUGGGAGCUUGUUUUGGUGCUGUAUCAGGAACCUUUCCAGAAGUCAGUGUAUACACCACCAUGGCUAGCCAAGACCCACACUUGAUCCUGACCACAUUCCUUCCAGUUCUUCUUUUUGAGUCGGCCUUUGCUAUGGACGUUCACAUAUUCUACAAACUCUUCUGGCAAAUCAUUAUCUUAGCAGUAUUCGGCCUGGCCAUUUCUACUGCUCUGACUGGUGUGAUGGCGAAGAUGGUCUUCACAUACGACUGGUCUUGGUUUCCAUCUCUCAUGUUUGGAGCCAUCAUUAGUGCUACUGAUCCUGUUGCAGUUUUAAUACCAUAAUUAGGGGCAUCAAAACAGCUUGGUACUAUCAUCGAAGGAGAAUCCUUGCUCAACGAUGGCAUGGCGAUCGUAUUGUACAAGAUCUUUUUUAAUCUGUCUUUCAAAUCCAUGACAGCAACUGAGAUCGGGUUAUAUUUCCCACGCGUCGCUAUUGGUGGAUUUUUCUUUGGUCUUGUGGUUGGUAAGAUCACUGUCUUCUGGCUUCAACACGUCUUCAACGAUGCUCUAGUGGAGAUCACCAUCACACUAGCCUCUACCUACUUGACCUUCUACAUCGGUGAGGAGGUUCUGGGUAUCUCGGGUGUACUUGCUGUAGUUAUGCUUGGAAUUGAGAUCAACUCACAGAAAUCCAGUAUUAGCCCUGAAGUGGAAGUCUUUCUACACAGGUUUUGGGAGAUGCUGGCUUAUCUUGCCAACACCCUGAUCUUCACAAUGGUAGGCGUGGUGAUCAUGGAGAAAUCACUGAAUAGUCUGGAGAGCAAUGAUUUGUUUCUCAUAGUUGUAGACUACUUGGGAAUCGUAGUAAUCAGAUCCCUGGUUAUCGCGUUCUUUGCUCCUAUUCUAAUGAACAUUGGCUAUGGCUUUACAUGGCAGACAGCUGUAGUGGUCAGUUGGGGUGGUUUACGAGGAGCGGUUGGUUUGGCUUUAGCUCUGCAAGUCUACAUCGAUCAUGCUGAAAUAGGAAACAAGAUUUUAGUUCACACUGCUGGUAUCUGUCUAAUCACUUUACUCGUCAACGCAACCACCAUGGAGAAACUACUCGACAUGCUGGGGAUGAGCGAGAUCUCAGACUCCAAGAAGAUUGCCAUGAGUAAUGGUGUACGACGCAUCAAAGAAAGUAAUGCCAGCACACUUACCAUGCUCAAGGCUGACCGCUUCCUGGCCGAUGCUGACUGGGCUAUGGCUGAGACGUUCUGUGAACUGAGAAACCCUUAUGUAGAGAUGGAUAGUGAAGGAGAGUAUGAUGACUCCGAAACUGAAACGUUAGUACGCCACAGCACAUGUCCAAACUGCGAAACAAGCGUACCAAACGAACCUUCCCCUAAAGAGUUUGCAGAAAUGGCUGAAGACGGGCGUGUGCGUAUGAUCAAAGCUCAAAAAGUGAGCUACUGGAAGCAGUUUGAACACGGGAUGCUGUCACGUGAUGCGGUGCAGGCGCUUAAUAACCUUGCAGACACUGUUUCUGACACGCCCAACAGAAUCGUUCUGGCAGAAGACCUUAGUCCAUUCUGGAAAGUUCCAAGCUACUGGCGAAAAAGACAAAAGCUAGAAAAUCUGAAGCAAACCAAGGAUUACGAGCUGGAUAUCUCGCCAGAUAAUCGCGUACAGUACUUUAUGUACAAAGUGGCCAUGCAUGUGAUGUUUGAUGCUAUCAUCAAUGUCCUCAUCAUCAUUAAUAUGAUUCCUAUCAUCAUCGAGUUGACAGCUGAUGCUGAUGCUCCUUAUAUUGGUACACUGGAGAUUAUUAACUAUGUGUACUGCUGUAUCUACUCGAUAGAAGCAAUAUGGAAGGCCCUUCUCCCAAAACUCAUCGAUUUUGUGGAUAACAUAAUCAACCGAAAGUUGAGCUUUGGUUAUGAUGUUGGCAAAGGUUACAUUGUUGCUGAAGAAGAGGUGAACAAACUGAUUGAGCACAUGGUGGUAGACAAGAGAAUCACACGAGAUCUUAAGGCCCGUUCUGAUCAGAACAGACUGGAUGUGGUCAAAAGCCUUGGUAUGUUACAGCGUGAAAACCCAGGUAUCGCCAUCUCUGUCAAGACACGUCAAGCGAUCAGAACAGUAUUAAACAAUGCCCGUGACGUAGCUAAUGAACUGAGAGGGGGUGGCCUUCUGGACGAGGCUGAGCACAGUAAACUAGAAACCUUGAUCGAGAUGAAGAUGAAGAGACAACUAAGUGCGCCAGCCUACAUUCCACCCCAGUCUCCCGAAAGUCUUCUACGCAACGUGGUGUGGCUGGAAGGCAUGGCUCCUCAGGUGAUCGACAGCAUCACAGAUAUGGCAGAGAUGAGAGUUUUCGAUUUUGGGGACACAAUAACUAAACAGGGCAAUGAGGUGGAUGGUAUUUAUCUCAUUAUCAGUGGAAUGGUCAAGGUAGACAAACAACGCGUAAAGACACUUAUCUCUGUCAAUAUCUUAAAUGUCUCUUAGAUGAUUGGUGUGUCUGUUGCAAAGAGGAAAAACGCGCGUCCAAGUGAUGCCGACGUGGGAGACAUGAUAGUUACAACAGAUUACAUGACAGCCGGCAAUCUGACUGGUGAAUUUGGUUUACUGACUGGGUCAACCCGCACUUCUUCUUGCACCUGUGAAUCUUCCGUCCAGACAUACUUCCUUCCUAAAGAAAAGAUGCUGAAGACUAUGGAGGCUCAUGAAGAACUCACCAACCGAUUAUGGCGAGUAUGUGGUGUGCGCAUCGCAGUGCCUCUUCUAAUGGACAUGUUAAUCUAUCGUAACUGGACUAAGGACAAGAUUCGACUGAUGUGUGAACGCUCAUACAUUGCAAAGCUCCCGCAACCAGGUCCAAAGGUGAUAUUCAAGAUAACUGGCAUGAUGCAAGAAGCUUUACUUAUCCAAGGUCAAGUCACUUGUACUGAUACACGAGAGGUUUACGAAGGACCAUGCAUUCUGCCGAAGGCUUAUCGAUACUAUAGACUACAUUACGAGAAGGAGCCGAAGAUUCUCAUCAUUGUUCGUGUGAACGAGAAUCCUGUGGCGGAGGAUGUUGGUGAUACACCUUCAGCUUUAGAUCUACUCGGGAUAAGUAAGAGCCGUUAUCGUGCCAGAAGCAUAACAGACAACUCGCUCAGUGGUAGUAGCAUCCAAGAGAUAUCUACAAAGAAGAAACGUAACUCAAUUGGACCAGCAAAUGUUGCAUCCGUAUACGAAAGUGGCAGACGACUAGAGCCCCUCAAGGAAUCAACCACAGGACGACAGAUCACUGUACUACAAGCAACAGAAUCCAAGGAGGAGGUCAUCAAACACAUCGAGAAGCACUCCACUGAUGCUUAGUCCAUAUUUUGAAAACCUCGUACUUUUUAUAAAUGUAGUUAAAAAGCAAAGAACUUGUUACUUGCGUCAAUUUUCCCGAUGUUUUCCGUUUUUCCCAUUUUGGAUAACUAAGUCAUUCUAGUCAUGCAUUAAA